AUGCGCUGCCCCGGCGAGCGCUGCCCGCCGCUCCUCCUGCCGGGCCCCCGGUUCAUCCCCGAGCCGUGCCCGGCUCACCCCGAGCCCUUCGCCAACACCUGCCACCCCCUGAGCAUCACCAAGGGCCCGGCUCCGCGCUGGCAGGGCUGUCCCCAGGCUGUCCCCGCCGUGCCGCUGCUGCCGUGCCAGCCGCUGGUGCAGCGCUGCCUGCUGCUCUGCCCCGAGCCCUGCGAGACCCCGCGGCUGCUGCCCCGCCCGGGGGUCGCCCCCCAGCCCCCGGCCACCCCGCAGAGCCCCCGCGGGGACAAGAGACGCGCGGCCCGGAGCCUCCCGCCCUGCGCUCCGCGCUGCCCCGAGCCCGGCCGGCUGCGCUUCCCCCCGUGCGGCAUCCGCUGCUCGUCCGCCUCCUGCCGCGGCCAGUGCCGCCCGCGCAAGGCGGCCCCGAGCCCCCCGCGCCGCCCCGAGCCCACCGGCGGCUACUCGCUGCCCCUCCGAGGGGUCACCGAGUGUCCCCCGCAGCAGAGCCUCGCCCGCUGCUUCCUGCAGGAGCAGCCGGCCGGGGUGGCCCCGCACCGCUGCUCCAAGGGGUACCCCACGCAGGAGUUUGUCACCCGCUGCUCCUCGGAGCAGCGCCUGAGCAGCGCCCCGGCCACGCGCGGGGUGGCCAAGGCCACCAAGGAGUGUCCCCCGCUGCGGGCGGUGGCCAAGGGGUCGCUGCCGCUGGAGGGGACCAAGGGCAGGAGCUGCUCCGCGCAGCACCUGAGCAAGUCCCGCUGCGCCCACCACGCCCGGGGCUCCCCGCGGCCCUCCCGGCUGGCCCCGGCCGGGCCCAAGCGCCCCGGCCACGCCAAGAAAAGUCGCUGCGCUUCCAAGUGGCUCUGGUGA